AUGGGCGAGCGAUUCAACUCGGACCAGUUCACGGUCCCGGCCGAGUUUCCGGAAAUCCUCAAGGAUCUCAAUAAGGAGAUCUUGAGGGCCCAGCCCCAGGACAUUUAUCAGUUUUGCUCGAAUUAUUUUCAGAAGAAGUUGGAGGAGCAGAGGACUAGCGAAGUGCGAUCGCGAACUAGCGAGUCCAGUGUAAUACCGAGCGUCAGCGAUGACGAACGAGGCCAAGACGAAGAAGACCACGAGGAGACCGGCCACGACACAGAUGACCACGACGACGAAGAAGAUGACGACGUCGAUGACAUUGCGCCCCCACCCCCUCCGACCAACUACAACCGCGGGCGUCGCACCUCAGUCAGCGCCGAAUCAAUGGCCCCAACCCUCGACAAAGAUUUCGUAAAAGUCGUGAUCCCCAAGUCCGACGACCAGAAACAACGCAUCGAAGCCGCCAUCCGCGGCAACUUCCUCUUCAAAUCCCUCGACGACGACCAAUACCACGACGUCGUCAACGCCAUGGCCGAGAAACGCGUCUCCGCGGGCGAUGAGGUCAUCAAACAGGGCGGCAUCGGCGACUUUUUCUACGUCGUCGAGACGGGCGCCCUCGACGUUUUCGUCUCCCGUAACGGCCAGCCCGCGGUCAAAGUCUUCGAUUACGGCGCUAACGGCUCCUUUGGAGAACUGGCACUGAUGUACAACGCACCCAGAGCCGCUACGGUCGUCGCAACCCAGGAAUGCGUCCUGUGGGCCCUCGACCGCGUCACCUUCCGCCGUAUCCUGAUGGAGAACACCUCCCGCAAGCGACGCAUGUACGAGGCAUUCCUCGAGGAAGUGCCCCUCCUUGUGUCCCUUGAACCCUACGAACGACACAAGAUCGCCGACGCACUCGAGAGCGUCUCCUUCAACGACGGCGAUGUGGUGAUUAAACAGGGGGAUGUUGGCGACGCGUUCUUUAUUAUUGAGAGCGGAGACGCGAGGGUUAUUACUACUGAUGAGAAUGGGAUCGAGCAUGAGAUGCCUGGGUUGCAGAAGGGCGAUUAUUUCGGAGAAUUGGCCCUCCUCUCCGACAAACCAAGACGCGCAACAGUGAUCGCUCGCGGCCGCCUGAAAUGCGCCACCCUGGGCAAGAAGCCGUUCGUCCGCUUGCUGGGCCCCGUGGUGGAUAUCAUCAAGAGGAACGCGAGCAAUUAUUUGACGUAUUCUGAGAGGAUUAGUUUGGAUUGA